AAAAGACAAUAACACGAAGAAUAAAUAAAUAUACAAAAUUAUUUAAAAAUAAACUUCAAGUAAUGCCAAAUUUUGUACGUCGAUGUGAUCCAAUUAAACAACAAAAAGAUGUAACAUAUGCUGGAUUUGACAACCUUGUCUAUGCAUUUGUGACAAAUCAACAAACUUUUGAACCCAAAAAUAGAGAAACAUGUAAAAAAUUUUGUGGUGAAAUUAUUACAAGUACCCCUGAAUGUGAAAAAAAAAAUAAUUGCAGAAAAUACGAAACAAUUUGUUCAGGUAAAAUCACAGGUUGUAGAGGUGAUGCUAGCUAUGAAGUUUGUCCAAGACAAAAAAAUGAUAAUUCAAGUGCAAGAAACUACCAUUGGAUUAAAAAUAAGGACAAUAAUAUUUAUUAUGGUAAUGCAAAUAAGGCAUGUACUUCAAUGAAAUCAAUAGAAACAAAAAGUAUUAUAACGUGGUUACCAUACCAAAUGUCGUGGUUGCCAUCGUUUGCCUUAACGAAUUGUCGUAGUUGUAUUUGUCAAUGUGUUGAUGAUCGUAUUGAUACCAACAGCCAAAAAAUUCGAGGAUUCAGUUACAUGUGGUCCAAUACAAGUGAUGACAUGGUUGCAACUGGUGCAAGGCUUGUUGCUCAAGAUCGAAUGAUUCACAUUCAGCUGAGAGAGGCUAAACUCUUGCCAUUGGGAAAAAUUAAUGUCACAAGUGAAAGAUGGGUACCACUUCCAAAAUUUAAAUAUCAAAAUAAUUUUCCAAGUGUAGCUAUUUAUCCAGAUGGCACACAAAUAUCAUUAAAAGAAGGCAGAGAUUUUGGUGUUGCAAAAUUUAUUCAUACUAAAAUAUGUUUACAAACAUUAAAGAUUGAUGAUGAAUAUUUACUAAGUGCUGUACGUUUUAAUGAUUUUGGAUUUAUUAAAUCGAAAAAUUGUAUCAGCCUUGAUGCAAAAUUUGUUAAAUUUAAUUAUUCAUCUGGAAAUAUUUCAUCUGAUGUUUAUCAAUGGGCACCACCACUUCGACAACCACCACAAUUAACUGAAUUGAUAAUAAACCAACCUGAUGAUCCACUUAAAUUCAAAACCAAUCUGCAAGAUUCAAUGAACAAUCAAUAUAUAAAAAUUGGAGUAACAGACUUGAUCAAGGAUGCUUCACAAACAACUAUUCCAUUCUUUGAUCUUCAAGAAGUCACAACUAAACCAAGUGCACCAAUUUCAGCAAUUGAAUUAAUUCACAAAGGACAUGGAUCAUCUGGUGGUUUUAUUUCUUUAAAAAUUCAUCUUAUUAAUUUAAGUUUUUUCAUGGAUCUACAACCAUCACCAAAAACAACAAUUGAACAGACCUCAUAUUUGAAUAAUAAUAAUACUAUUUUGUAAU